UCCUUAAAACAGUAACAGUAAACAGUGAUUUAUCACUUUUAAAAAUUGCAAUGAAUAUUAAUUGGUACCAAUGCUAUGCAACUUUUGCUGUUUCAAUGUCUGUUUUGAUAAGUGGAAUGAAUUUUGCUUGGCCAUCUCCAUCAAUACCAAAAUUAUUAGAAGGUACUAAUACAGUAAAAAUUACCAGUGAUGAAGCAUCAUGGCUAGCAGUAAUGUUCCUAAUUGGCUCUAUUUUUGGCGGUCUAGUAGCUGGACGUGCUAUAAACCGUUUUGGCCGUCUCAAAACAAUUCUAUUCUCUUCGGCAUCUUACAUCGGAGCAUGGAUAGCUCUUGCUUUUGCAAAUCACGUUGCCAUCUUGUUUAGUUCCAGAUUCCUCGCUGGUUUCACCGAUUCAUUUGCUUACACUUCAGUGACCAUGUACGUGGGUGAAAUUGCAGACCCACACAUUCGAGGUUUUCUUGGUUCAUACUUGGCGGUAACUGUCAUCAUAGGAAUGUUAUUAGUAAAUGCAUUGGGGUUAUACCUCAGUGUUCAAACCACUGCAUUAAUAUCAAUAAGCAUACCAGUUUUAGUGGUUGUUAUGUGUUUCGGACUACCAGAAAGUCCAUAUUUUUAUAUCAUGAAUGGAAGAAAUGAAGAAGCUAUCAAAAGUUUAAAUAAAUUUAAAAAAUCAGAUGUGGUUCAAGCUGAGUUUCUAAGAUUGAAAACAUCAAUAGAUGAAGAAAUGAAAAACAAAGGAAGAUUUGUUGAUAUAUUUCAAGUACCUUACUAUCGGAAAACUUUGAUUAUAUUAACAACUUUACGAUGUGCCAAACAAUUCGUAGGAAUAUCAGCAAUCACCUUCUAUACAGACACAAUAUUCUCUGAGAUGGACAGUGGUAUCUCUUCAGAAAUAUGGGUAAUACUUUUUACAUCGUGA